AGAGCUAGCAGCUAGUGGCGAGUUAGCGAGAUUGAGAAUCAUUACUUAUCGGCGCAAGAUCUGAAGAAGAGUGAUGCUGUUUCCAUGGAUGGGAAAGUAGAUAAAGGGAAGAAAGAAAUGAGCUUGAAGACCCAACGGUCUAUAAUCCAAAUGAAGCAUUAUUUUGGGGAUUUGGGUGCUAGCUCUUCGAGUAAUAGAGACAUCAAGAAAGGGUGGGAUUUGCAGUAUGUGAAGCCUCAGGAGCCAACUGGUGCUGUGGUUAUUACUAAAGAUGAGUGGAGGGAAUUCCAGGUGCCUAAGGUGUUUAUGUUAAGAAAUGGAGUCUUCUUGUUUGAUUUCUCUAAUGGAGAUGCAAAUAAGAUUCCUUUCUGGAUUCAAUUUCUUGAGCUCCAUUUAAGUCUUUGGAAUCCUGAAAGUUUAGGAAAGCUGGCAAGUUAUGUGGGAAUUCCUAUUGCUACUAAUGCUUUGACAACUAAAAGGCAAAGAGUGGCUUAUGCUCGCAUGCUAGUUGAGACGGAAAUUAUGGAUACUCUGCCCCAUGUAAUGCCUGUUGUUGGUCCUCAGGGUGUGUUUCAACAGCCUGUGGUUUUUGAGUGGGAGCCUAAGAGAUGUGGUAAAUGUAGGAAUCUUGGGCAUGAAGAGAAGAAUUGUAAUGCUAAGGCCAAAAAGGUGUGGGUUCCUAAAAAACCUGUAAAGGAGCAGGUGAUCAAACAUAUGGUUGGCUCAAAGCCUCCCUUGGAGAAUGAUGAAUUAUGGGGGGCUGAAGUUCAAACUGUUGCUAAUUCAUCAAAUGAGAAGUAAAGUAAACUCAUACAUACUGCUGGUAAGAUGAUAGUGGAAAGCAAUGAGCAAUGUCUAGUACAACCAGGUGUGGGAGUUCUAAGACAAGGGAAUUUGCAGAAUGGGACUAGUACUAGCACUAGUGAUAAAGAGAUGAUGUAAAAUGCAACAGGUGGAGCAUCUUCUGUAAGUGAUUCUUUGUCAUGAUAUAUCUUUCUACAUGGAAUGUGAAGGGUUUGAAUGACCCUGUAAGACAAGUAGAUGUUAAGAAGUUUAUGCUUUCAAAUAAAGUUCAAUUUAUUGC